AUGGCCAGCGCUAGCCCGUCGGAGUUGCUGGAACGUUUGCGUGCCAGCGCCAGCGCUGUGAGCAAAGUGGCGGACAGCAUAUCGCCGGAGAAGGUCGCAGAGAACGCCGCAGAGCUCCCAGGCUUCGUCGACGAAAGUCUCGCUGCGAAAGCGCCGCCCGCUCCUACACUUGAACAAGGGCCGCAGCUUGAGACCGCGGAAGCAGAUGCGACAGCUCUGCAGUCAGAGGCGGAAGCCAUGGACGAGGCGGAAGCCGAUGAGAACGAGGCCAUAAGAGCCCGGUUUCCGCCAGAGUCUUUCGAGACGCCGGACCGGCCAACCAAGCGUCGGCGCCGUGUUUUGAAGGAGGCCCCAAAGAAGAAGCCUGCCGGAGCCUUUGCGUGA